ACAGGACCCCUUGCAGUCUGCUGUGCGGAUUAUCACCACUUGAACACAGAAAGUUGGGCAAGUUGCAUCACAACAGUGAAGAUCCACCUAUAGUUACAGCUCUGGUGGUGCUGGAGUUGCUUCUGAUUACCACCCUCAAGUGGUCUACCCCUACCCAGGAAGCACCUGUCUUCUCCCAGCCUGGUUGUGCCUCCUCUGCACUAUAUCUAUAUUGCUCAUUCAGACUGUGAUUUGGUAGGAUCUUAUUUGUUGUGAGAUUGGUGAUUUACUCUGAUUGCUUAUUUCCUACUUUAAUUGCUGACUCAUUGAAAGACCAGAGUGUAAAGAUACAAUUCUCUUAAAAAUCUGUGGUUAGGCUCUUGUGCAGGGUUGUAUAACUGGAUUUUUCUCUAGCUUGUACCAUGACCAGAGCAGAGACUGAACUUACUGCCCAGGUUGAGCCUUCAAAGAAGGAUGGAGAAGUUGUGAAUGUGGCUGAAAUAGAAAAUGAAGUCCCUCUUGUAGUUAGACCUAAGGUUAGGACCCAGACCCACGUAAUGACUGGAGCAAGGCCCAAAACUAAGACCAAGUUUAUGCCUGGAGCAAGGUCUAAAACUGAGUCUGGUACAAGAGAUGGGACACGUAGUAAGAAUAAAUCAAAGGCAAUUCCUAGGUCAAGAUAUAAGAAUGGUUCCCAAGCUUGGGCACAGAAUAAGUGUGGGGCAGAGUCAAUAUCUAAGAGAGGGGAAGAAUCUCAUACCAACUCCAUAGCCUCUCCACUGGUCAAUACUGAUUCUGAGUUAAUUGGUAACACUGGGUGUCUGCCUAUAGAUGGAGAAGUGGUUAAUGUGAACACUGAGAGAUUUUCUAGAAAGAAAGUUCAUCCCCAAAUGGGAUUCCAGCCUUCAUUUGGGUCUGAAGAGAUCACUAAUAUUGGGUCCUGGUGUUGCCCCAGGUCUACAUCCAAAGAAGAGGCCUUUCAGAAUCCUGAUUUCAAAUGGGUAGAUAAAUCCUCUGUGAAUUCCUGGUUCUGUAGUGAAGAUGAAGUCAGUCCAACAUUUCGUCCCAGGAACAGGAUAAAGGCCAGUACCAGGUCCAGGUACAUGGCCAAACAAGAGGCAAAUAACAUGUAUAGGCACAAAUGCAAACAAGAGCUCUAUUUCGUGUCUAGCUCUGGUUCUGAGGAUGAGUCUGUUAAGACAUCCUGGUUCUGGGCCAAGGAUAAGACCAAUACUUGGUCCAUGACCAUGGAAGAAUCCAAUAAAAUGUCCCGCUUUAGUUCUAAGAAAGAAGUGCCUGUUGAUUCUAGUUCUGGUUCUGAAUAUGAAAAUAAUAUGAAGUCCAGGUUCAGAGCUGGAGAAGAGGGGAAAUCUAGUUCUAAACCCAGAACCAGAAAAGAGGCAAAUACCAGGACCCGGCACAGGGCCAGGCGGGAAACCGGCAAUGAUGUAAUGCCUGGGUCUAUAGAUGUAAUCAAAGAAGAGUCUUGGUUAUGGCCAGGAGAAAAGGCUAAUAUAUUUUUAAAGCCCAAGACCAAGAAAGAAACCAGGGCCAGAACAGUGGCAAAGGAAGAAGCCAGAGCCAGAGCCAGAGUCAGGCAAGAAGCCAUGUCAGAAGAGGAGGUCCUUAUUGGGACCUGGUUCUGGGCUACAGAGGAGGCCAGGAUGGAGGAUGUGGCCAUAAUCAAAUCCAGUCCACAUCUAGAAGAUGAGCCUAUUGUUGGGAAUUGGUUCUGGACUGAAGAGGCUAAUAUGGGGACUGGGCCCAGCAGUAAACUCAGACCGAGGGCUGAGGAAAAGCCUGUUGUUGAUUCCUGUUUAGAGACUGAGGAGAAUGUCAGUAUGGAAAUUGGAACUGAGACUGCCUCUGACUCAAUGCUAGCAGCUAAUGAUGAAGAAGUCUUUGUUGGUUCUUGGUUCUGGGCUGGUGAAGAAGUCAACCAAGAGGCUGACGAAGAGUCCAUUUUUGGGUCUUGGUUCUGGGGCAUUGAUGAGGCCAGUGGGGAAUCUUCUGUUGGAGUCAGCUAUGAGUCCAUUCUGAGGUCUGAAGAACAAGAUAUUAUUGACCCCUGGUUCUGGGAUACAAAAGUCAGUAUAGACACUGGGGUUGAAGAAAUGUCUAAGCCAGAACCUGAAGAAAAAGUAUUUGUGUCUUGGCUUUGGUCUGAAAACCAAAAUCAUAUUGAUUCAGGGGCUGAAGCUAAUUGUGACAUUAUAACAAGGGAUAAUGAUGAGGAGCCCACAAUUGGGCCCUGGUUCUGGGCCAAAAUAGAUGCUUGUGCAGAAGCUGAAGUUAAUAGUAAGUCUAUGUUGGAGAAUGAAAAGGAGGACAUUGUAUCAUCCUGGCUUGAGGCUGGAGAACAGGCCAGGAUGAAAUAUGGCCCUGGUCCCAGAUUCAAACGCAUGGCAGAGGCUGAGGAUACUGAUAACAGUUCUUGCUUCUGGGCAGAAGAAGGGUCCUAUAUGUAUCCUACUGAUAGAGAAAACUGUGAGUCUAGACCAGAGGAGGAAGAGAACAACAGGCUGUGGUCAAAAAAGUAUGCAGGGCCAGAGGCUGAUGUAGGGUCCUUGUUAUGGGCUUCACAAGAGGGCAAUAUAGAUAAUGAAACUGGAGAAGUCAAGCUACAAACUGAAGAGGAAAACACAAUUACCCCCUGGAUCCGGAAAGAAGAGGAAGCCAUGAUAGAGACAACUGACAGAGAGUCAAGGCCUGAAGCUGAGGAAGACUUAAUCGGUUCUUGGUUCUGGGCUGGGGAAGAGGACAGGCUUGAGGUGCCAACUGAUGUUAGAGAAGAGAACAGGCUGUCAGGUGAGGAAGAAGUUACUGUUGGGUCCUGGUUCUGGGCCAAUGAAGAGUCCAUUAGAGAUUCUGAAUCCUGCAGCAAAAACAGUUCUAAAGCUGAUGAGGAGGAAGUCAUUAUCGGGUCCUGGUUCUGGGAAGAAGAGUCCAGUCUGGAGGCAGUGACAGGGGACAGCUUUCAGUCCAAGCCUGACCCUGAGGAGGAGGAAGUCAUUGUUGGGUCCUGGUUCUGGUCUAAAGAGGACAGUGUAGACACUGGUUCUCUAGCAGUAGAAGAAACCAUGCCAAAGACUGAAGAGGAGGCUAUUUUUGGGUCCUGGUUCUGGGCUGAAAAAGAAGACAGUAUAGAAGCAGGGAUAUAUUGUGAAUUCAAGCCAGAGGACAACAGAGAGAUGAUUAUUGAGUCCUGGUUCUGGUCUGGAGACAAGGCUAUUGAAGAAACUGGAACUGUGCCCACCUGUGAAUACAGGCCAGAAAAUGAGGAGAUAGCAGUUGUUGAGUUUGGGUCUGGCUCUCAAGAUGAGGUGAAUAUCAACACUGGUGAUGGAGCCAAUUGUGAAUCCACAACAGUACCUGAUGUAGAUGAGGCCAUAUUUGGGUCCUGGUUCUGGGCAGGAGAUGAGGCUCAUUUUGAAACAAAUCCUAGCUCAGUGUUCAAGGCCAUCGGCAAGUCUAACUGUUCGUUUAAUCAGGAGCCUGAUCCUUCACACAGACCCCAGACCUGGGAUGAGGUUACUGUUCAAUUCAAGUCUGGUCCAUGGGGAUGGGUUGGCUUCCCAUCAAUAAGCCCUCUUAAAUUUCCAAAAGAAGCAGCAUUUUUGUUCUGUGAAAUGUUUGGGGGGAAGUCCAAGUAUGUAGAACUUAGCCCAGAAGGGCAAGAGGAGGAAUCUUUGCAGCAGUCUGAACAGGAGUUCCCAUUUCAGUACGAUCCCUCCUACCGGUCAGUCCAGGGAAUUCGAGAACAUCUUAAAGCCAGAGAGAGUACAGAGCCUGAAAAUUGGUCCUGUAGCUGCAUACAGUGCCAUCUUAGAAUUGACUCUGAAGAGUUUGAAGAACUCCUCUUACUAAUGGACAGAGUUCGAGAUCCUUUUAUUCAUGAAAUAUGUAAAAUUGCAAUGGGUAUGAGAAGUGCUUCUCCAUUUACCCGAGAUUUCCUUCGGGAUUCUGGUGUUGUCUCACUCAUUGAAACCUUGCUGAAUUAUCCAUCCUCUCGAGUUAGGACAGCGUUUUUGGAAAACAUGAUUCACAUGGCACCAACUUACCCAAAUCUAAACAUUAUUCAGACAUAUGUGUGUCAGGUUUGUGAAGAAACCCUUGCUUAUAGUUUGGAUUCUCCUGAGCAGUUGUCUGGAUUAAUGAUGAUUAGACAUCUCACCACUACAACUGAUUACCAUACACUUGUUGUCAAUUAUAUGUCUGGAUUUCUGUUUUUGCUAACUGUAGGAAACACCAAAACAAGGUUUCAUAUUCUCAAAAUGCUACUGAAUUUGUCCAAAAAUCUUACCAUGACAAAAGAAUUACUCAGUACUGAAUCAGUAUCAGGAUUUAUAGAGCUCUUUAACAGGGAAGAGACAAAUGAAAAUAUUCAAAUUGUUCUUGCUAUAUUUGAGAAUAUUGGUAACAAUAUAAAAAAAGAAACAGAGUUCACUGAUGAUGAUGAUGAUGAUGAUUUCUGUCUGGAGACACUUACUUCUACAUUCCAUGAAGUUGAGACAUUUGCUAAGAAACUGCAAAGCAAAAUUAACAGUCAAAAUCACCCUGUAGCAGACCAAGAGAAUUAAUACGAUUAACUCUUGAUUGUCCUUAUAAAGUUCCUGUGUUAAGAUCCUUGAGUAAUGCUUUGUGUUUUUUCACACUUGAUGGUGUUGCAACGUACAUCUUUGAUGCUGAUACUAUCUUUCCUCAAUUCUGUGUGUAAGCUGGAACAUGUUUUUGAUGCCUAAUGAACAUUACAAAUGAAAUCACAUUUUUGGUACUCGUUCAGAUUGUGAAAUUUAGUAUUUGAGGUCAUUGUGAACUGAACCAUCAUAAAUAAGCUGCCCUUUUCAUUGUUGUUCUGAUGUGAGCUUACCUAUUUGAGUCUUGUUUGUGUUUCAAUAAAGUUCUAUGCUAAAGUUAA